CGUGCGUGCGUUUCUGUUGAUAUAUCAGGCGCGCAGUUCGACGCUUCGGAGGCCACUAGGAGAUACUUUGACGACAGGAGGUACCCGAUCAUGACGAGCUCGCCAUCAGGGAACUCAUAUUUUCUUCUUUCAAGGCCAGAAGGCUCUGGUUCUCCUCCAAAGAAAGUAGCACCAGACAUUGGACCCGAACCACCUGCAGAAGAGAACUCAAGUAGAGCAAGGAAACAUAGUGAUUCUUUUAAAGUAGCAGUUAACAUUCAGGGAGCAUCCUAUGUUCUGAAGGAUCUUAGUUUGACAAAUACGACUCCUCAGCAAGCCAAAGAAAUGGAUCUUCUUUCUCUAGGUUUACCUAGAUUAAAUGCAGAAUUGUCUGAUGAUGAUCUAAGAGAAACAGCUUAUGAGGUCCUUCUUGCUUCUCUAUUUGUCAGUGGAAAAAUGUACUUUGCUGAAGAGAAGAGAGAAAAGAAGCCUAAGUUCUUGAAGGGUUUGAGGUCCAAGACUGAAGGAUCUAAUUCAGCACCUCAGAUGGAAAAUUAUUAUACUCACCAUCUUGAUUUGAUCCGAGUACAAAUGGAGAUAUCAGAAUCUAUGGAUACAUUGGCUAAGAGAGCUUUAAGACGUAUUGGUUCGAAGAUGGUGCAGGGACAACUUGACGUGCCUUGCAUAUCACUACAGCUCUUAAGCUCUGUUGGCAAAUUUGAUUUCCCAACAGAAAGAUUGCGUGUACAAUGGCAGAGAAGACAGGCAAAUGUUCUAGAAGAAUUACUUCUGUUCUCAGCAUCUCGUGAGUGCAGUAUGAGUGAAACAUUGCGGAUAGUUCUCUCCAAGCUAAAAAAUACAGAGGACUGGGUUGUGAGUGUUCCUGAUGGGCGUAUUGAGGUCUUGACUAUUAUUGAAAGAUACAAUACAAGACUAUCUGCAGCUCCAAAGAAGUUUGGCCUUAAAGGCGAAACCUACCAUUGGACUCAGAGCUAUCAUUUUAAUUCUAGGCUAUAUGAGAAACUUCUCUCCAGCGUCUUCGAUAUUCUUGAAGAUGGACAACUUGUAGAGGAGGCUGAUGAAAUACUUGAAACAAUGAAGCUGACCUGGCCUAUAUUGGGCAUUACCCGAAAGUUGCAUGACGCCCUGUAUGCUUGGGUGCUUUUCCAGAAGUUUGCUCAAACUGGGGAAAUUCUUCUACUGAAACAGACAGACCUUCAGAUACAGAAACUAAAGUUACAUAGUAAUGUUAGAGAAGCAGAGCUGUAUAUAGAUAGCUUUGUUUGUUCUGUGGAAGGAUUUGGCAGCAAUGGCGCUCUAAAUUUGGUGGACAGUGCCCUUCUUAAAAUAAACAUGUGGUGCCAUAGACAACUGAAGAAUUAUCACUUAUACUUCAGUCAGGCUAACUGUUCAAUCUUCGAGAGCAUGCUGAACUUGGUAUUACUUUCGGCGGCAAAUCUUACUGAUGAUGAUGAGGAAGCCAUGCUCAUUGGGACCCCGCUUGGCAGUACACCAGAAUCUACGUUGAUCCACAUACUCGUUGUCAGAUCCAUUCAAACUGCAUAUAAGAAUGCCCUAAUUUCAGCAGAUGGCCAAUCAAAAGCAGAAUUUAAGCAUCCAUUGAUAUUGCUUGCAAGUGAGCUAAAGCUAUUAGUGGAGAAAGAGUGCUCUGCAUUCAGCCCAGUACUUCACAAAUAUUAUCCUGAAGCUGGAAGAGUAGCACUAACUGUCUUUCACCUACUUUAUGGCCAACAACUGGAGCUGUUCCUGGAAGGGAGUGAUCAUUCAGAAAACUUGAAAGAGAUACUUGGAGCAUCAAACAGCUUUGAGCUCUGUAUAGCUCAGAAACUUUACUCGAUGUACGGGGAAGCUGCUGGGUCUUCAUUGUCCAACUUCCUAAAACCAUACAUGAUAGAUCGUUUUUCUUCACCCAUCAUUCUUCAGUGGCUUCAUGCUCAACACGAGAAUGUUUUCGAGUGGACAAAGCGUACCAUUGAGAUUGAGGAUUGGGAGCCUCUGUCAGUUCACAGGAAACUAGCAACAUCUAUGGUUGAAGUCUUCCGGAUUGUGGAGGAGACUAUUGAUCAGUUUUUUAACUCAAGUCUACCUCUGGAUAUUGUCCACCUGCGGAGUCUGCUUAUAGGGAUCACUAGCAGCCUUCAAGUCUAUUUGCUUCACAUGGAAAAUCAACAAGUUUCUAGAGCUACCCUGCUUCCUGUUGCGCCAGUCUUGACACGUUAUGCGGAAUCAAUUAAUCCAUUUGCCAAAAGGAAACUUAUUGAGUCUGCAGUUCGUGAAGAAAAGGUGGCUAAUAAAUUGAACAAUUUGACAGUCCCAAAAUUAUGUGUGAAACUCAACACCCUUCAGUACAUUAGAGAUCAACUUGAUACCAUAGAAGAGGGCAUCAAACAAUCCUGGGUCGAUGUCCAGUCAGCUGUGGGAUUGUUAGACUAUUUGUCUUGUAUGACCAGUGAAGGAGCUACUUCAAAAAGUUCGCCUUCUGAUGAGUCGAUUGAUGAGUUAUUUACAAUAUUUGAUGAUGUGCGAAGGACUGCAGUGAAUAUAACUGACACAAUCUUGAACUUCAUUGGAACAAGGGCUGUAUUCUGGGAUAUGAGGGACUUGCUUCUUUUCUCCUUGUACCGUACUAGCGUUGAAAGUGCACGCAUGGAGAUUUUUAUCCCUACAAUUGAACAGGUUCUUGAUCAGGUAUGUGAUCUAAUCGUUGACGUGUUGAGAGACCGAGUUGUGCUGAGAGUUUUUCAAGCAUGCAUGGAAGGAUUCAUUUGGGUCCUACUGGAUGGAGGUCCAUCCCGCGCAUUUUUGGAGACAGAUGUGAACUUGAUGAAAGAUGAUCUGGCUAUGCUCGAGGAUCUUUUUAUAGCAGAAGGCCAAGGUUUACCAUCAGAUGUUAUUGAAAAGGAGGCUAAAUUAGCUCAGCAGAUUUUAGACCUCUAUGUGCUAAAGGCUGAUACAAUCAUUGAUUUGCUGAUGAAAGCAAGUGAACAUAUGUCACACCAUCCUGAACCCGCAACUGCUCGGAGAAGAAAUGUACAUGAUGUCCAUACCCUCCUUCGAGUUUUGUGCCAUAAAAAGGAUAAUGGUGCCUCCACAUUUUUGAAAAUCCAAUAUCAUCUUCCAAGGUCCUCAGACUAUGACGAUGUUCCUGUAAAGGAUGCACCAUCUAAAGUACCUAUAUUUUCAGACAUGCUGAAUAGGGGUGCUUCAUUUAAUUGGUCAGAAACUGGGCAGCAGAGUUUUAGGAUUAUGAAGAAGAAACUGCAAGAAGCUAGUUGGCAGUAAAAGGUGUCUCGGUUGGAAAAUUCUGCUGAGUUUGCGCAUGUCCUUCGCAUACCUGUGAAAUAGAUCACGCUGUUUGGACAGAAGAUGCAACUUUGCAUAUGCUCACGAAGUAACAAACGAAGGCAUUGCUAUAAGGCCUUUUUCUAUACAUAAUGGAUUAAUGGUGUCCCGAUCUUUAAACGGUUAUGACCUCAUUUGAUGCCACCUGGCACUAAGCAAGAGAUGAGGAAGAAGCAAAGAAGCUUCAAUUGGCGAUUUGUGAAUGACGAACUGAGCUUUUACCUGAGAUCAUCAUGAUCCAGGUAAAAGAGAUGAAGAUUUGCCCUCGCAAGGAAGAGAAGCAUCACAGGAUCUCUGUUCUGAAAAUAAUGUUCCUAUUUUCUGUCUUGCAGGGUCUCAGUUCUGAAAAUACUCCCUCCGUUGUCUUUUUAGAGAUUUCAAAUGGACUACCACAUACGGAUGUAUAUAGACAUAUUUUAGAGUGUAGAUUCAUUCAUUUUGCUCCGUAUGUAGUCACUUGUUGAAAUCUCUAGAAAGACAAAUACUCCCUCCGUUCCGAAUUACUUGUCGCACGUAUGGAUGUAUCUAGAUGUAUUUUAGUUUUAGAUACAUCCAUUUCAGCGACAAGUAAUUUGGAACGGAGGAAGUAUUUAGGAAGGGAGGGAGUACAUGUUGUGUUUCUGUUCUUUCCCAGUUCAAUUUCCAUGUGGAAAUCAUAGCAGCCACCUGUGGUGAUGUAAUCCUGCCUCCCCAGCUUGAUUAAAUCUUCGCUGCAGAUCAAUAUAUGUGGAGAUCUGUAGUAUUGUAGUAUCACAGAUACUAACAGAUUCUUGGAAAGAUAACCAGCACUUAAUGAGAAGUGACAACAGGCUUGCAUGUGUAAAUAUGCGGAAAAAGGAAGGGUUGGGCGACCUGCUUCAAAACCAAGCUUCUAAAUACUGUAUUCUAGAAAAUGUUUGCAGAUAUCAGCCAGUAUAGCCGAAUCUGUGGAUGACAAUGAAUUUAUUUACAAAAAAUAUUGAUCUUCUAUGGUGAUGAAUUAGUACAAUAGAUGCACCAUUUGUCAAACAAUUUGUUGGAGAUGGUUUCCUUUUUCCUGUUUAUGUAAAACCGUCGGUAGUGAUUCUAUCUUUUUUUUUCUAGAGAGGAAUGGUAUAUACAUGAAUAGCAAGACAGUGGCAGUACUUUUCUGAUAUGGCUAUAUGUAUGUAUGUACUAAUACAUCCGAUAUAUAAACUGAGAUCAGCCAAUGGGAAGCUUACUCAAAACAUUUA